GGCAAGUCAGUUUUGCUUCGUAGGUCGGUUGAAGAGAACGUGGUUCUGAGAGCGAGCGAUCGUUUUGCGCGAUCUUGAUGCUGAGCAGCAGCAGCAGCAGCAGCAGCGAAAAGAAAACAAUAACAAGCGCGAUUAGCCGUGCAUGCGUGCACUAUUUGUUUUAGCGCAAGUCGCGGUGUUUGUUGUCGUUUAACGAGUGGGGUAAAUCUGUUUACACCUUGUGUGUCACCCCCUUCAGCUGGAGUACGCACUUGUUAAAGGUUACAAGCAGGGUGCAAUUUUGCUCUUCUUUUGAAAGUUUAUUCCUCGCGGAAAUCCUCUCCAUACUUUGAGAACAACUUUUUACGGUGUACAUCCGACGGUGAAUCAUACGGUGUAAAAAAGUGUAUCAAGUAAAUAGAAAACCGUUAUUUGUUUGUGUGUGUGUGUGUGUGUGUGUCACUGAUGCCAAGGAAAGCCAGCCAAGAAGGUCCCAGGAGAAGCCACACCGUGCGUCGUCUUUCUUCAGUGGCAGAGCAACAGCAAACGGAACGGUACGGAAUGAACAACUUCGCGAUCAUAGCAACCUUCUCUUUGUACGUGUAAAUAAACGGCAGUGCGCUCGGUAGUAUGUGUCCGCGGUGUGAGUGGUGCAAUAAACUAAAUUGACAAGUGCAGCAAGUCUGGUCUGGCAUUUAUCGCGUACCAUGCGAAAUCUCGCGAUCGAACCGUGAAGGGUGGAUUAAUGAAAUUUUAGAGUGUGCGUACUUCAAAAUUAUCAGUUGACCUUCCCAUCAUCCUUCCCGCCCGUUGAGUUGAGUGUACAAAAAUAAUUAAACGCCCAAAACAAAAAACAACAAAAAACAUCGAAUUGAAUUGAUAUCGAAUCGAAACAAAGCACGCAUGACCCUCUCGGGCUCAACCGGAAAUUCGUUUCAAUUGUGCAGUUUUGGUAAAGCAUUGCACACCCUGAUCUGCGAUUAACCUAAUUUCUGCUCAAUCAUUCAGUAACGGGCAGACUUUUGAUAAGCGUCCUGGCUGGGCUUUGAAAACGGUAACAUCGAAUCUUUGUUCCUACUACACUUUGCAGUGAGGGGUUGAAGCAACGUGGAACGGCGGUAACGGAUGUGAUACCGAACCCUUCAGACAUCAAAAUCGAUUUGGUCCGGUAAGGUAGGGCAAGCACAUAUCGAACGACUUAUCGCUUCACUCGGUGUUAAAAAAAAAACCACGGGUUGCUGUGUUUAGCCGCGAGCAGCAUCGCGCUUAUGCUGGGCACGUACCGCGUGUCAGUCGUGAUCGGUCUGCGGUAAAAAAAGGCGAGACAUCUUCCGCAUCAGUGAGCCGGACACUAGCGCGCACUGAAGGCGAUCGUUCCCGCACGGCGACGGUUCGACGACGACGACGACGAAGAUGCGAUCGUUCAGUUCUUUGUUCUACGCCCUAACGGUAGUUGUGGUGCUUUUGCUCCAUGUCGCCACCUCCUACCGGUUGGGCGUCGGACGAGCGGAUUGUACUGGGCCACCGGUUGAGAUCGGAUUUAUGGGUUACGGUGAGUUCUCCCAGCGCGGUCAAGGUAUUCAUCUGCGCCAGUACGCACGUGCGUUCAUCUUCGAGGAUGAUAACCGGGCACGGGUAGUGUUCGUCAGUGCGGAUGCCGGUAUGAUGGGACACGCGGUCAAGCGUGACGUGCUGAACUUACUAAAGGCCCGGUACGGUGAAAUGUACCGAUUCGAAAACGUCGUGUUGAGCGGUUCGCAUAGCCACAGCGUACCUUCGGGCUUCCUGAUGUCCUACCUGUACGAUAUCGCAUCGUUGGGUUUUGUGCCGCAAAACUUCGACGCACUGGUGGAAGGCAUUACGCUUGCGAUUGUACGUGCGCAUGAGAGUAUGCGUGAAGGUCGCGUCUUUCUGUCGGAGACGACCAUUAGCGAGGCGAACAUUAAUCGCAGCCCGAGCGCUUACGAGAACAAUCCGCAAUGGGAGCGAGAACAGUAUCGGGAUUACACCGACAAAAAGCUGGUCCAGCUGCGGUUGGUAGAUGAUGCGGGUCGUCUAUUCGGAGCCAUCAACUGGUUCGCCGUCCAUCCAACGUCGAUGAACAAAACGAACCGGUACGUUUCGAGCGAUAACGUUGGGUACGCUUCGGUACUGCUGGAGUUGGACCGGAAUGAAGUGCGUGUUCCGGGCCGGGGGGAGUUCGUGGGAUCGUUUGCGUCCACUAAUCUGGGAGAUGCGUCACCAAACACUAUGGGACCAAAGUGUGAAAAGACGGGACUGCCGUGCGAUAUGUUAACAUCCUCCUGUCCGGCUGGGGCAGGUGCUUGUAUUGCGUCCGGUCCUGGGAAGGAUAUGUUCGAGAGUACCAAGAUUAUCGGCACGCGACUUUACGAUGCAGCGAUAAAACUGCUGAAAGCCAAUGGUGGUCGGGAAGUGAAGGGACCGAUCAAAUUUGCCCAUCAGUUUAUCGACAUGACUGAGAUGAAGGUCCCGUACGUAAAUCCUAGUACGGGUAAAUCAGAAACGGUUUACGGUUGCUAUCCGGCGAUGGGAUACAGCUUCGGCGCUGGUACAACAGAUGGUCCGGGAGCGUUCGAUUUCCGACAGGCCACACUGACCGAUUCGACAUUCUGGAAUACGGCCCGUGAUAUCCUGGCGGAACCAACGCUAGAAGACAAGAAAUGUCAAGCCCCGAAACCCAUCUUAAUAGCGAGCGGACGGGCAAAGUUUUCCUACGAAGUGCAACCAAAAAUCGUCCCAACACAGCUACUGUUGGUUGGAGAUUUUGCCAUCGCAGCUGUUCCGGCGGAAUUUACGACCAUGUCUGGCAGGAGGCUACGAGCGGCUGUUCAACAAACAUCGCUAGAAAUGGCCAACCAAAAGAUCACAGUUGUUGUCGCCGGCCUUUCCAACAUGUACACAAGCUAUGUGGCGACACCGGAAGAGUAUGCGAUCCAGCGUUACGAAGGCGCUUCUACACUGUAUGGACCGCACACACUCACUAUCUAUCUGGAGCAGUUCCGUAAGCUAAUGCGUUCGCUUAUAACCGGUGAUUCGCUCCCUCCCGGUCCAAUGCCACCGUUUGAGGACGACAAACAGCUCACCCUGUCGACGGGUGUUGUAUUCGAUGGUCAUCCGUUCGGAUGGUACUUUGGCGAUUGUAAGCUACAGCCCAAAGAAGCCCCGUAUCACCGGGGUGACAUUGUGCGGGUCAUGUUUAUAGCGGGCAAUCCACGAAACAAUCUAAUGCAUGAACGAACCUACUUUACCGUGGAGCGGCUCAAGCACGAAUACGAGGAAACAAACAGUGUCGGAGAACACCCCCAAAAUCGGGACGAGUGGGAAGUGAUUGCGACCGAUGCGAACUGGGAAACGAAAUUCAAGUGGCACCGACGGUCCACACUGUUUGCGUACAGUGACAUCGAACUGGAGUGGGAAAUUACGGAUCAGAUCGAUCCGGGAACGUACCGGAUACAGCAUUUCGGUUACUGGCGAUACAUCCUGGGAGGCAUUUACCCGUACAAUGGCACCACAAGGAAUUUUAUCGUGGAAUGAUGAAAAAGGCAGGUUCGUUUUAAGAAGAUUUCUAAUGUGCCAAAUCUAAACAUUAGCAAGUUUUUUUUCUGGAACUGAUUGUACCAAUAGGCGGCACAGUAAGCUCAGCAAAAGUAGUAUUAAUGGAAAGUAUACGGAACAUUCCGAGGGUUUGGGGCGUGCGAUAUUAAUCGCUAUUAUAGACGUUAUGGUUUAAUCGUACUAUGAUAUUCAUACCAAAAAGAGCAUGAUUUCGUAUAACGCCAUUCUUUGAAAAAGAAAACAAAACAAUAACUUGCUUAUUUGCAUAUUCAACACUUUGAUAAUGUGAUCAUCAACUGAUAAGAGUGAGCGUUACUAUAUGUAUAUACAUACAUAUUGCUUAACAUAAUAUUGUCAUAAAACGUGCUGUGUAUUAUAAUAAAUAAAGUUUCAAUAGAUUGUACAGAACAUAA